AUGGGUUCCAAACCAUGUUGCUGCGAAUCACCUAGAAACUCAAUGAAAGAAAUCAAAAUUAUAAUUAACUAGAUAAGCUAAGAAUUUCAGAUACCAGUCAAUACUCCAUCAAAACCUGAACCUUUGUAAAUGAUGCAAUCUCUUAAAGAAGAAGAUGAUUUUGGAUUAUUUUUGGUAAUGGAAUAAUAUGAGAGACUACUAAUUAAACAAAAUAAAAGGAACAAGUCAUAUUCUCCCUCAUAUUAAAUAAAGACUGAAACCAAAGACUUCACAACUUUAUACAACUUUAAAAAGCACUUAUAAAAGUUUGAUCUCAAAAAAUCAAAAUCUUUAACUAAUUCAAAAAUAUCAACUGCAAGUCAAAGAUCUGCAAUUAAGAGUAUACUCAAGUAGAAACUAACAUAAAAUUAAAUAUCAUAUAAAUAAUAAAUUUCCGAUCCACAGAGAUCAAUCAAAAGUGUGCAUUUUGACCAUGUUUUGAGUCCUAAAAAUAGGAUUUCAAGAUAAUCACAAUUCGCAAAAAAGAGGAUAUUUAUUAAGUCCUACUUUUGA